AAAGCGGUUGCAGAAAGAGUGUUAGAAUACAAAUACGUACACGGCACUUCUGUCCACAACUUUCAUAACACCAAUAAUUUCCAAGACAACACAUAUCAUGAUGUUCUUGUGUUUCCUGAUAAUCUGUUUGUUCGGUUCCCUUGAAGCCAGCGCUGGUGGCAUUAAUGAUACCUUUUUAUCGAGGUCUAUUUACGUUCCUGACCACGACGUGCUCGGAUUAAUCAGCGAAAGCAUUUUUAGCAAUUCCAAAAUCUACAAGCCAUUACCCAGUUUCUGUUUCCACGAAACCCCAGUUCAUCAAUCCCAUAAAUAUUUCACAUUUUACCGAGAUACGGCAUCCUUUUAUUCGUCAAUUGCAAGGAGUGCAAACCUCGGCGCGUCGUUAGAAAGCGAUUUCAGCCUACAGACAACACUGAAAUUCCAAUCGAAAAAUGUCGCCGGUUCUAAUAACGCAGUCUCUGGAAACGAGUUGGUGAUAAUCGCAAAAUCCACGAGCUUCGCGGUGGAAAAAUCGUGUUUGGUUCAACACGAAGCAUUUACAAAUGAGUUUCUUUUAGAUCUGCGUCGGCUGCCGACAGAGAUUCGCUCGCCUUGGUUGCAAAGCUCUUGGCGGCUGUACGAGACUUUCCAAUCAAAAUAUGGCAGUCACGUUUUGACUCAAGUUACAACGGGGUCCGAAAUUGAUCAAAGAUCCUUUGCCAAGUUCUCAGAAUCGUACACCGAAAGAGAUUUCCAAGUGAAAUCAUGCCUGGGAUUGGCUGGACCAGUGCCUAUUGGGAAACUUGGUAUUGACAUUUGUGGGAACAUUACGGAGGAAGAAAAAAAUCGCGUGAGUAAACUCGAAAUGACGACUACCCUGACUGUCAAUGGCGGCACCGAAGAAACUCGCAACAGGCUCUUGACGAAUCGGACUGAAGAAUUGAUUGAACAAUUUUUAAACGAAGCGAACACGACUAAAACACCAAUCCGCUACAGGCUCGACCCCAUUUGGAACAUCAUAAAACAAAGUUACAUCGGCUCGUCUGACGAUUUUAUCAGAGGCGUUAAUAUGGAGUCGUAUUACCUCGGUUUUUUGAACUAUGGGUGCCCGUUUCAAACCAGCGGUGGGCAAAUUUUGCAACAGUUUAACACAACGGCUUCAAGUACCCCGGAAAAUCCUGACUACGAAUGCACCUUAGCCCCAGAGGGCUGUCACAGUGAUCAUGACUGUCAUUAUCAGUUUGGAAUCUGGUGCGGAUGUGAAGGCGAUUCCUGUGUCAGAUACAACCAUACCACAUUGGAUACCGGCAAAAUUAAAACAACUGCGUACAUAAAUCAUGAAAAGUGGGAUUGGAAGGGAUGCACAUGGAAACAUACUGGAUUUACUUGUAAAUGCGGUGACGAAAGAACGGAACGAAGGAAGGUGUGGCCAGGUGAUGCUAGUCAGAAUGAGAUUCUCUACCAUGCUCAUAACCAGAUGAUGCUGAAAUACAAUCUUCAGACUCAAGACCAAGGUGGUGUAAAGAAUAGAGAAGACCUUUAAUAAUGAUUGACUUUUGAUUUAUUUACCUUAUUCAACAACAAUUUUUAGCGUAGCUUUUAAAUAACUUUUUUUCUUGAGUUUUGUCAACUUGCAUAGCACGGAAGGAACUCUUUUGCCAUUUUUAAUUCAAUAAAAAUGUUUCAAAUUACAAACCUCCAGAUCUUUAAAGACGGCCUAUUUUAGCAUGAAUCACUCCAAGUAUUUAGAAAUAAUCCAGCAUGUGUUGCAUAUUUGACAAAUAAACUUGAA